AUGAGUUGUAUUUCAAUAAGAUUUCGUCUGCUUUUGAUUGUGGGUAGCCUGUGCUCAUGGAUCACAACAGCGCUCCCGACUGGCUCUGUUGGCUGUGAGGGAGGAAGAGCUGCCGUCAGUGGUCUACACGCCAGCCAACAGACAGUUUUGACAGGUCCUUUGAGUCAAGACAACAUCGAAUUUCAGCUCAACGGCGUUGCUCUUCAGCCAGGCGUUCCCUUUAACAUUGAUAUUGGAGCCGACAACCGAUGGAGACUCAUCACAGCAGGAACCUUCUUUCGCGGCUUUUUGGUUCGUCUGGGUCGAGGAAGUGGCAACGUGGACACUCGUCAAUCCUUGGCCACGGCAAGUCUCACUGCACAAGUGGCAGAGGCGGCCUGUCUCGACGCCUACUGGGUAGGAGGUGUCACUCACAACAGCAAUGUUUUGAAAAAUGUGGAAGAAGGAACCCUUCGUGUGCACUUGCCCAGUCAGAACAUGCCUUUGGAUGUCACUGUGGUUAUUCAGAACAGAAAUGGAUACAGCAUUUACUAUUAUUCUGGAUUCACCAUUCAUGCAAAUGCGGUCACUGUUCCAACAGCAGGUCAAAUUGACUCUCCCACGGUACCUACAUACACGCCUUACUACCCACCGCCCACUGGUUCACCCUCUGAUAGCAUACCCACAGCAGUCGAAGCAUUCACCCUUCCGCCUGCUGCACCACCUAUCAACCUUCCGCCUUCUGUUCCAAUGUAUGUGGGCGGACCUCCUACAGUAACUGCUCCGCCAAUCACUGCACCGCCCAUUACGGCCCCUCCCGUGACAGCUCCUCCAGUUACUGUCUUUCCUUGGGUUGCACCUUCAUCGAUCACGGAGGCACCAAUUACGGAGGCACCAAUUACGGCGGCUCCCAUUACUAAUCCUCCCAUUACCGCUGCACCCAUCACAGCUGCUCCCGUUACCGCUCCACCCAUCACAGCGGCGCCAAUUACACAUGCCCCAAUUACCCAGCCACCCAUCACGCGCCCACCCAUGGCACAGUUCGCCCCUCCUACGGAUCCUCCAGUGCAACAAUUCGUGUUCUUGCGAUAUCCCACUUGUUCGCCAGAUGCGCCUUGCGCCGUUUGUCAGGGAGAUUGUGAUACUAAUGACGAUUGUGUCGGUGCCUUGGAGUGCUUCCAUCGUCCUCAGGAUGACACAUCACCCAUUCCCGGUUGUUCUGGCGUAGGCGUCGCUGGGCGAGACUAUUGUUACGCACCAAAGCCCAAUUCGUUGCGGCCUCGCAUGCCGGAGUGCACAGCUGACUUGCCUUGUGGGAUGUGCGAAGGCGAUUGUGAUGAUAGCACCGAGUGUGCUCCCGGGCUCACAUGCUUUACACGUGGACAAGGAGAUUUGACGCCCAUCUUGGGAUGUGACGGUUUGGGAAUUGCUGGAUUGGACUACUGCUAUAAUGCCUCUGAAAUAGCUGUUGAUCGUGAAGACAAUGUAACAGCAACCAAUCAGACCAUUCCUAUUGGUGGUAUCUUUGGGAAUAAUGCUUCAGCUGCAACCCCAACGUCACCUGCUCCUGUUCCAACCACUGCCUUACCCAUGUCUCCAACCACAUCCGCUCCCAUGACCCCCACCACUCCCGCUCCGGUAACGGCCGCACCCAUGAGCCCUCCAACAACCACGGCACCCGAGAACGAAGACUUUUCAUCCAAUGAUCAGGCUGAUCUCACCGAUACGGGUUGUACGGAUGCCGCACCUUGUAGUCGAUGCGAAGGAGACUGCCAAGGUGAUGAUGGCUUGUGUGUUGGAUCUCUAAGCUGUUUUGUCCGACCCGAUAAUGACAUGACUCGGGUCUUGGGAUGCGGAGGAGCCGGCACCCCCGGUGCAGACUAUUGCUGGACUCCAAUCGCGAAUGUGUUGUACGUCCGACCCGGAUCUUGUUCCUCAGAUCGGCCGUGCUCAAGGUGUGAAGGAAGCUGCGGAGAUGACAGCGAAUGCUCCGGCGAUUUGAGAUGCUUCCGAAGACGAGAUUUGUCCGUGGUGCCUGGAUGUGGAAAUGGAUUCUUUGGUGUGAGCUUUUGCUGGGAUCCCAACGAUCUGAACUUUGGUGGGGGGCGACAUCUGCUUCGUCACUAG